CUGUUGCGCUCUGUUUGUCCGUAUGAUCAUUGAGAACAUGGUGGUGGAUCAGCAGCCAGUCAAGACAUCAGGAUAACAACACAGCAGAGAUCAGUAUUCCAAGAACUAAGGAUUAAACAAAAGAAAAACAUAUAUACAUAUAUGCAACGACAACCCCUGAUACUUCUGGCAGACCAAGACAGAGAGAACCAACCCUCGGAGUUUACCACUGAAUUGUUUUUAGGGGAAAUCAGGACCUGAGGUGGAGCUUUUUACUGGAUUGUAUUCUAGCUAGCUGGCUAACAUGCAGCAUUAGUGUUUAGACAUUUGCACUAAAACGAGAGUCUGGGGAUAUAUAUCGAGCUGAAAUUCGCAUUGGCUGACACUAUCUCGACCAUUUCAUCCUCCAUAUCUUCGCAUGCAGUUGUAGUCAUGCUGGCAUUUCACCUUGCAGACAUAGCUGGUUAGCUAGCUACCUCCGAAGGACCGACUCGUUGGCGCAGGUGAAAGCCGAAACCACGGCGCUUUCGCUCGGCCUCAGGACCAACGCCAUGCCGCGGGUUGAACUCGGGCCUUCCGUAGAGCUCACUUCAGGAAGCUAACGCUAGCUGGAAAUAGCAGGCCGCUUAGGUCUCAACAGUGACUGUAUGGUCAUCUUAUCAAGGUGUUUUGAUUUGACUAUAGCCUAGUCAUCUGAUUAGAUAAGUGCACCUUUUACUUUUUAUUCUGCUUUCGUUUGUAUAAGCCCAGCGGCUGUACUAGCUAAUGCCGGCUAAUCUGAUAAUUAGCUAUCUAGCUCAUAGGCGAGUAAUGCAUAGCAAAUCCUAGGUUGUUGUUUACAUUGAAGACUACAAGAUACAGUUGAAAACGUGUUGGAUUUGUGUUUUAAUGUACUGUAAAAAAAAGUGCGUUAUUUUUUAAAUGGUGUUUGCAAUUGUAAGCCACAGACACACCAGUACACUUAAUAUUGUUAUCAAAAUAACACUCAUGUUAGAUUUGAACCCAAUCCAAGAAAGCAUAUGAGUACAAUACGUGCCACAUUAAAGUAUUGCUUAGCUUGUGUGGGAUGUAAACAAGUCACAUGUAAACAAGUCUGACUGCGUUUAAAGGUUUUGGUAAUUUCAUUGCAAGGUGUCACUACAUAUCAACCAAGAUGAUGCUGUGCUGUUAUCGAGACUCCAGCUAUGCUUGUUAAAUAAGUUGUUUUGAACAUAUCUGUUCAGAAUUAGCAGUAGACAGACACUGAAAGGCAUGGGAGUUGUUGACCUCCUGGUGCAUAGCGAGACAUAUCAGCCAUUCAUUCAUGAUUGAUGACCUUUGAGGAGGCAGACUGUCCUUUAUCCAUUUCCCACUAAAGCUGAUCCACUGCAUCAAGCCACUAACAGCCGUGUAGUAUUUAUUUUUGAACCACUAAUGUGACCUAGUGAAGCUGAGGACAUUUUAGUUUUAGCAGCAUUUUUGUUUAUAGUCCUACUGACACAUUGAACCACUGGGAGUGAAUGGGAACAUGAGGAACACUCUGUUUGAUCUGAACCAGCUUCCCAGUUGAAGAUCUGAUCAACAGAGAGACCCAUUGUGUGGACUGAAAACUGAAGAGGAAAGAGACGAUGAUGGGGAUGAUGAUAAAAGAGGCCCAGUGACAGUGUUGAUAGCCCACCAGGAAACAGAGGAGUGUCACAAGGCUACAGACAUGAGUCUCCGCCAACCCACCUCCACGCUGGACAGCCGGGCAGCCAAUAAGAAAAACGCCCGUCCGUUCAGCCCUUUUGCUGCUUGGCUCAGCAGUCUGACCAUCGGUGACUCGGAGCGCAAAGCGUCUGCCGCCCAGCAGAGAGAGCCGAUUCUGGAAAUCCCUGCUGAGAGUACGGGCACCGGUCUUGUCCAGAGAUGCGUGGUCGUGCAGAAGGACCAGCUCGGCUUCGGCUUCACAGUUUGUGGAGAGAGAGUCAAGCUGGUGCAGAAUGUCCGACCAGGUGGUGCAGCAGUGAAGGCUGGGGUUCAUGAAGGGGACAGAAUCAUAAAGGUGAACGGCCAGCUGGUGUCCUCCAUGUCCCAUCAGGAGGUGGUAAAGCUCAUCAAAUCUGGACCGUAUGUCGCUCUGACACUACAAGGACCGCCCCUUUCAGCCUCACUUCCCUUAGAGCCCCUCCACACGGACCUCACCAAUCAAAGAACGUCUCUGGGUGGGGAGGCCCCCCCGACUCCGCCUCCCCCCUUGCCGUCGGGACUGAGCAGCACCCCAUCGCAAAGAAUCACUGGACCCAAACCACUGCAGGACCCAGAAGUACAAAAACAUGCCACUGAGAUACUCAGGAGAAUGCUGGAGCAGGAAGAGGCUGAACUACAGGAGUUGAUGGAGGAGCAGUUGAGAAUCCCGUCGUUUUCACUUGGGGAACGGAUAGAAAGAGCAAAGAGGAGAGCUAACCAAGUCAGGGUCAAGAUUCAGCAAGAUCUGGACGGGACGCGAUCAGAUUGUGCCACGAGCUACGUCAUAGCAGGAGAAGGUCGACUAUCAAUGGACUCCAGCGAAGGCGACGUGGAGGCUUUUGAGAGUCCCCACUCCUCCCCCUCAUCCUCCUUCAGGACCCCACAACACCGCCGGCAGAACUCCGACACACACACCCUGUCUGACUCGGGCGGGAAGGCGCAGAUCAUCGGCCCCGAGGAAGAGGAUGAAGAAGAUGACGGUUAUGCAUUUAACGAGAUGGACGGUCCGUUCCAGGACAUCGAGCUGUUGAAGUCACGGCCGGCACACAUGGCGGUGUUCAUGAGAUACGUCUUCACACAGCUCCUGGACCCCAACCCUCUGCUGUUCUACCUGUCAGUGGAGGCCUACCUGGGCUCCAGUCCUAAAGACGCCCGCGCACUCGCACCUCAGAUCUGCUCCCACUUCCUGGACCCAGAUGCUCCCCUGAAAAUCAAAGUGCGAGAGGAGUAUCUCACAGAUAUAGAGGGUCGGCUUCACGCCUCGGAGGACAUCAGGGGUCCUCUGUCCGAGCUGCAGCAGCAAGUGUUGCCGGACAUCCAGGACCAGAUCCAGGACUACAGGAACAAGCAGAUGAUGGGCCUCGGCUCUCUGUUCGGAGAAGGAGACCUGCAGCAGCUGGACGGAGACCCGGUGAAAGAGCGACAGGUGGUGGACAGACAGGUCACCGCCCUCUGGGAAAUACUAUCAAAGCACGAAGAAGACAGAAGUUCUCCCCUGGCGUCGGCCGUUCACCUUUACCUGCGGCAUUCAGGUAUCAAGCUAAGAGACUCCAAGGUCUUCCCUGGGCUGAGCACAGAGAAGGAGAAGUGGCUCGCCUUUUUAAAGACGAAAAAGCUGAGUGGUACCAAGAAAGAGAAAGAUGGAGAGGAUAAAAAGAGAAAUCCCAUCCUGAAGUACAUCGGAAAACCCCGGAACUCCUCCCAGUCUACAUUCCAUGUCCCGUUGUCACCCACCGAAGUCCGUCCUGGCAGUGUGAGGAACAUCAUUCAGCAGUUUGAGAACCACACAGAGACGGGGGAGGAUGGGGGAGACCCCGCGGACCCCCCGAGGCUCUCCACCAGCAGCCUGGGAGAGGACAGCAUGGACAGCCCUGCGGUCUCUGUGCGUCUGGCACGCAGCGAGUCGUUGAAGGCUCAGGGUGAGGGCCGUCGGCGGGGCGUCGUCUCAGGGACGGAGUCUGUCCCUCGCUCUCGUAGCGACGUGGACAUGGAGGACUGCGGAGAGGAGAGAGAGGGGCCGGGCCUUAGGCCGCUGCAGCACAGCGCCUCAUCGUCCGCGUCCAGCAGCUCUGCACGGUCUCUAGAGAACCCUACACCCCCAUACACCCCUCGGUCUAGACGCAGGAGUAUGGACUCUCCGCUGACCCUUCUGCUGGACGCUGCUGCCCUGGAGGAGGAGGUAUCCGACGGGCAGAACUGGCAGGACACGGUUACUCCUCAGCUCCUCGCUACGCUCAGUCCCCGGGAGGUGGAGAGACAGGCGGUCAUAUACGAGCUGUUCACCACCGAGGCGUCCCACCUGCGCACCCUGAGGGUCCUGGACCAGGUGUUCUUCCAGAAGAUGAGGUCUGUGCUGAACUCUGAUGAGCUGGCCUGCAUCUUCCCCAACCUGCCCCAGGUCUACGAACUCCACGCGAGUCUAUGCGAGGCGAUGAAGAAGCGAAGAGAAGCCCCCACCGUUCAGGACAUCGGGGACGUUAUGCUGGCCAGGUUUGAAGGGACGGCGGGAGACGAGUUUCAGGAGCAGGCGUCGCAGCUGUGCAGCCAGCAGUCUCAGGCUCAGGAGCUCAUCAAGAACAAGCAACGCAAAGACCCUCGCUUCGCUCACAUCAUACAGGAGUGUGAAGCGAGUCAUCACUGUCGGAGGCUGCAGCUCAAAGACCUGCUGGUGUCUGAGAUGCAGAGACUCACCAAGUACCCCCUGCUGCUGGACAACAUCAUCAAACACACAGAGGCCGGUUCGUCGGACCUCCCCUCACUUCAACGUGCCCACGCCUGUUGCCGAGGGAUACUGCUGGCGGUGAACGAGGACGUCAGGGAAACGGAGCACCGGCAACGCCUCAGCCAAUACCAACGCAGGCUGGACGCUGCGCCUCUAUUCAAGGGUCUGGACCUCACCACUAAGAGAAUGAUCCACGAAGGUCCUCUCACGUGGAAAGUCAACAAAGAUAAGCAGAUAGAGAUCCAGGCGCUGCUGCUGUCGGACUCCCUGUUGCUCCUGCAGCGGGGCCCGGACGACCGGCUGCUGCUCAGGUAUCCGUCCCGCUGGCUGGGGGGGGGCGUGGGGGGCAGCGGGGACAGCAAGACGUUCUUCAGCCCUCUGGUGAAGCUGGACUCUCUGCUGGUCCGCUCCGUAGCUACAGAUAACAAAGCCCUCUACUUGAUCAGCACCACAGAGAGGCAGAUCUACGAGCUGGUGGCCGGGACGGCGUCGGAGAAAAACACCUGGAAAGAUUUACUUGAAAAGACCAUCUCAUCGUCCGGCGGUUCAUCCCCCCUGAUCAAUCACGGAUCCAUACCUAUAUCCUCCUCCAGUCUGCGCAGUGCGUCCCCAGUGUCAACUAGCAGCAAUGUGUUUGCAGACAACUCAAUAACGGAGCAGUCCGAUUCCAUGGAGACUCAUUCCUCCAACGACGACAUUGUGCUCUCAGCACACACACCUACUGACCAAUCAGAAGCUUUCAUCUGCGGUGAAGGAGAAGCAGUUGGUGUGGCCGAGGCCGCUUUACAGGACGUUGAAACACUAAGGCAGCUCAUUUUACGAGAUUUGGACGAGGACGGUUGGAGCCACAAUUCAGACGACACGCCCACCAACGAGACGACCAAUGAGAGGAGCUCGUUCACCGAGAGGCAGCGGCCAGAGUCUCUGGAGACUGUCCUCAACUUCAGCACCAACGAAUGGGAGGCGGAGCCUGAAGAAGAGGCUCCGCCGCUUGACUCUGAGCAACCCAGCAGCGUUCAGGUCGUGAGGAAAGCUGUGGUUGCGGGUCCUUCUUCUUCUUCUUCUGUCCCUGACGACAUCACUGCUGAUGUCACACUCCCCUCCGACCAAUCACACGAGCCGAGAGGCGAGGCCACCGCGCAGGGGAACAUGUUCUACCUGGUACUGCCUACAGCGCAGGGAGAGAGCGCCACCGACGACCUCCACGACCCUCCUACUCCCACCGCCAGCCACUUCCCUCAGCCUCUGGAGGAAGUGAUAUCACUGCAGCCCGAGGAAGAAGCACCCGCCUGCUUCUCCAACCAAUCAGAGGCUAUGCAACUGGAACAGGAAGAGGAAACGGACCAAUCGCCGCAGAGCCACGUGAUCAAAAAUGUGGACGAGAUUUUCCACACCAUCGAGGGGCUGACGAGCAAGCUGCGCCAGCUGAAGGACAUAGAGAAUUCCCAUCACACGCUUUUGAAGACCCUCAGAGAGCCGUUAGUCAAUCAGGAGCCAGAGGACCAGCAGUGUCCGUCGGCAACCGUCUCCAGAACGCCGUCUCUGGAUCGCGGCUCAGGGGACGGCAAAGAGGGCAGUCCAGCAGAGCCCAAGAUUCAGUCGACGGGAUUCUGACGUCACUCCGUCUCGAUUGUUGGCGCAAGAACGCACUAAUAUCGGUCUCGGGCCCUUAAGCCCAGCCUCCCCUCACCCUUUCCUCCCUGCAUGCACCGGCCAUUCGAUCAGAGCCCAGGACGGACCCUAGCUGUGUUUUUUUUGUUUCCCGUUUCCCUGGAAUACAAACAAACCAGCCGGAAUCACCAGGAUCUCUGAGGUCAGCACAACUUCUACGUGGACGGAGCGAGGAAAAAGUAUGAAGGAACAAAAAAGGCACGAGACAAGUUAACCAGUGAAGAGAAAUUUAAAAAAGUUGGAAGCAUUGAAAGUAGAAAAUCGGAGUUGGAUUUUUGAAGGAGUUGUACGUCUUGCUUCUUUUUUUUUUUUAAAGAGCUGGUUGAAGAAACGGAGCAGAAAAGUGUUGAAAUGUUAAUUUAAGGGAAAAUCCGAAGGGACCCAUCACCCCUGCACUUUACCCACAAUGCAUCCCUCUGUCAUGUACAGUGGACAAAUCAGGGACAGGAGAUGCCACUGGCUUUAUUUAGGGCCCGACAUUUGAGCCAAGAUGGCCUCCGGGGGUCCCCGCCCCCCCCUCCGCCUCCACUGGUUGCUUUACACUGAUUCACCUGCCACCGUGGCCGAAGGACUGUGUCUAUAUAAUUCAGGUUAUUUGCACUGGGUAAGGAAACCAACACAUCAUUUUUAUUUUGUCAUUAAGCUCGGAUUCAUAUCCUCACACUGUGGGAGUUACACGAACGUGUCAUUGGGAGCAGCCUCACUGACUUAUCCUCCAGUCUGUUUUACUCAUCAUUCAUGCCAUUGUUAAUGUUGUUCAUUUUGAAACCCUAAACCGCUGUUUACUACUGAAAUGCUGGCAGGUUUUCUUUUUCAGCGCUGCUUCAGAGAGGGUCAGGGAUCUCAGCGAUAAACAAGCUCUUCUGAUCAUGUCGCGUUAGGGAGAUUUGAGAAUGCUUUGGGAGAAGACGGGCAAUGUUGAGUGAGGAAAGAGGACAAAUAGAGAUUCAAACUUGAAAACUGCUCUGAAAAAACGUCGCCCUCAAUCAAAUUGCUGCCAAAAAUCGCCGCUGACAUCGCCUGUCCACACUUUGAGAUUUAGUGUGUGGAGGGGUAGAUGCUGCGAACCAGCAACUCUUCACUUCUCCAGCAGUCACACAUACAUAGUGUUCAUAUCCAUCCAGCCAAAGCCAUGAAAGGACUGCGCUCUGUACCUGAACAUCCCCACCCUUUGAACAACCUGUAUUUAUUAGGUAACUAAGAUUAUUUUUUUGACAAACUCUGCACAUUCUCCAAGUAAAAAAAACUGCUUCAGUAUAUGCAAAUGUUAAAUAAGCAAAAAUAAAUUGAAACAAUGGUUUGACAUUUUGGGAAACACGUGUAUGCAAAGGCUGAUAACGCUAGCAGCCGCUUAGCUUAGCUCAGCGCACAGACUGGAAAUGAGGGAAACAAUUAGUAUGGGUCUGACUAAAAGUAACAUACCACCUACCAGAAUCUGUAAAGCUCAUAAAUGAACACGCUAUGUCUCAUUAGUUCCUGUAGUUUCUUCUUGUUUCUGCACCUGAACUCACACAUUUCUGCGUGUGUUUUUUUAGGAUUUGACUAAUUAAGAUUUAGUGCGUUGAUUUGGGAACUUUGUAGGUUCUGCUAGGUGGAUUUUGUUAGCUUAAGACAGGCUAAAGCUAGCGGCUUCGCUUCUUCCAGUCUUUACGCUAAGCUAACCUGCUACUGGUUCCAGCAGAGUCCUAAAAACAGACACGAGAGUGGUAUUCAACACAAUAAAGCAAAUAAUCUCAAACUAUGUAGGAGUAAUUUAAGGUUUUUGUAACCAAUGGUUAAGGCACAUUUACCAGCAAAGACUGACACUAAAGCUUUUUCUCUCAAACGCCUUCUAUCUUAACCUAAAUUGAUGACACGCUAAAAAGAAAAUAUAUCUUUAAACUCUUACAAGGAAAGAAUUGUGUUUCUUUUGUACCAGUUUAAUUAUUUUCCUCUUAUCAAGCUGAUGGUCGCACCGAACUGGAUUUUAUUUGAGCUGGUUUCAAAUACUAACAGACUUUACCGACAAUACAUUACCAAACUGAUCACCAGGAGCCAAGUAUAUUAACCAGCUGAAUUCUACUUUCAAAAGGAUAUUUCACUGCUGUAACAUAGCCGUCACAUAUGAACAAAACAGACAUUUUCAACUUAAAAAGGACACCUUUUGACGACCAGAGUGGCUGAUUUCAGCAGGAAACCCCGAAUUAACAACAGGGAUUUGUGAUAAAAAGUUCAAAUGUUCUACCAAAGUGAAAUAUCUUUCCACAGGUGUAGAAGGGAACAUGUUUUUUGUUUCGACAUUAUGGCUGCCUAUUUUCAAGUGACCCAGAAGUGUUAUCGAGAAGAAAAUAUUUUUGUUUGAAACAUUUCCAUGCCAAGCUAUGGACACACAGUCAUCACUGUGCUGUCCAUAAUUUGGCUCAAAGAAGUCAAUAUCUCUCCUUCUCCUCGACAAAUAGUACCUUUUCUUUCCUCCCACCUCUAAACAUUUUUCAUUUCCAAUUUCUACCUCUACACUUCAAUUUCUUUAUAUCUUUCAUGAUAUCUUCUUUCCAUUUUACAUUUACAUCAGCGUUGUCGCCCUAACCGGCUAAAAAAGAAAAGAAAAAGAAGAUAUAACUGAUUCCCUUUUUUUUAAUGUUGCACAAAAAACUUCCCUGCACGGUGCAAACUACUGUAUGCAUACACACGUCUUUAACUAUCAUCUCAUUGGUUUUAUUUUGUGUCUUUAAAAAAAAAAAAAAUCGUGUUCACUCAUGUAAUAUAGAGAUCAGACCCACUUGUUUUAUAUAUGUUAAUUUUUUCCUGUAAAGCCUUAGUCCUCGUAUUUGGUUUUAUUUUUGUAGAUAUGAUAAAAAAAAAAAGGAUGUAUAAAUUAUUUUCUUCUCCCUUGUUUUUAAAAUGGAUGAGAUUGUUUAGCUGCACAGAAGGAAAACAGAGCUCGUGUCUCAGAUUCAUGUGUUUUGUGAGAUUAAAAAGAAACUGGAUAAACUAAA